AUGCCGAAGAACAGCAAGGUGACGCAGCGCGAGCAGAGCAAUGAUCACGUCACAGAGUCGGUGGCUGACCUGCUCGCACAUGAGGAGCCGUUUGACUGCAAGAACAGCUCCCUGAACGUCGGAGGGGCCCCCGGCAAAAAGGUCCCGCAGAUAGAGGUGCCUGAAAACGAUGGACGCCCCACCUGGAACAGCAAACUGCAGUACAUCCUGGCACAGGUGGGCUUCUCUGUGGGCCUGGGGAACGUGUGGCGCUUCCCUUACCUGUGCCAGAAGAAUGGAGGAGGUGCCUAUCUGGUUCCCUACUUCAUCCUCCUCCUCAUCAUCGGCAUCCCGCUCUUCUUCUUGGAGCUGGCUGUGGGACAGAAGAUCCGACGUGGGAGCAUCGGGGUCUGGAACUACGUCUGUCCCAGUCUGGGCGGGAUAGGGAUGUCCAGUCUGAUGGUGUGUGGCUUCGUAGGUCUCUACUAUAAUGUGAUCAUCGGCUGGAGCAUCUUCUAUUUCUUCCAGUCUUUCCAGUAUCCUCUUCCGUGGAGCGAGUGUCCAAUCAGAAGGAAUGGGUCACUUGCCAUUGUGGAGCCAGAGUGUGAAAAAAGCUCGGCCACAACCUACUUCUGGUACCGUCAGACUCUGAACACCACCAGCACCAUCGCAGAUAGCGGCGGCCUCAACGUUAAAAUGACCCUGUCUCUGCUGGUAGCCUGGAUCAUCGUCUGCCUCGCCGUCAUCAAAGGCAUCGCCUCCUCAGGGAAGGUGAUGUACUUCAGCUCUCUGUUCCCCUACCUGGUGCUGUUCUGUUUCCUGAUCAGAGGUUUAAUGCUGAAGGGAUCAGUGGAUGGCAUCGCUCACAUGUUCACUCCCAAGUUGGAGAAGAUGCUGGAGCCCAAGGUGUGGAGAGAGGCAGCCACCCAGGUGUUCUUCGCCCUGGGUCUGGGGUUCGGAGGAGUCAUAGCCUUCUCCAGCUACAACAAGAUCGAUAACAACUGUCAUUUUGAUGCUGUGCUCGUCUCUUUCAUUAACUUCUUCACCUCCAUUCUGGCCACGCUGGUAGUGUUCGCCGUGCUGGGCUUCAAGGCAAACAUCAUGAAUGAAAAGUGCAUCGCAGAGAACACAGAGAAGAUCCUGGGAUACCUUAACUCUAGCGUCCUGAGCUACGAUCUCAUCCCUCCACACUUAAACUUCUCCCAACUCAGCACAUCAGACUACGCUGAGGUAUACGGGGUCAUCAAGACGGUGAAGGAGGACGGCUUCGCCCAGCUGGGUCUGGAUCCUUGUUUGCUGGAGGACGAGCUCAACAAGUCCGUCCAGGGCACCGGUUUGGCCUUCAUCGCCUUCACAGAGGCCAUGACUCACUUCCCAUGGUCUCCGUUCUGGUCAGUCAUGUUCUUCUUCAUGCUCAUCAACCUCGGCCUGGGCAGCAUGAUCGGCACCAUGACGGGCAUCACCACACCUGUCCUCGACACCUACAAGGUCAAUAGGGAGCUUUUCACAGUGUGUUGCUGCGUUGUGGCCUUCUUCUGUGGCCUGCUGUUCGUCCAACGCUCAGGGAACUACUAUGUCACCAUGUUUGAUGACUACUCUGCUGGACUACCUCUCACAGUGGUGGUCAUCCUGGAGAAUGUGUCUGUAGCUUGGAUUUAUGGCACAAAAAGGUUCAUGCAGGAUCUGGAGGACAUGUUGGGUUUCCGACCAUGCAUAAUCUAUUUCUAUCUGUGGAAGUACGUCUCCCCCAUCUGUCUCAUCUUGCUCAUCUCAGCCACCGUCAUCGAGAUGGCCAUCAUCCCCCCAGGAUACAACGCCUGGGUCCAAGAGUUGGCUGAGGAACGCUUCCAGAGCUAUCCUCCCUGGGCUCUGACCAUGUGCUUCUCUCUCAUCGUCGUGGCCAUGCUGCCGCUCCCUAUUGUCUUCAUCGCCAGGCGCUUCAACCUCAUGUCGGACGGCUCCAACAAGCUGUCUGUCUCCUACCGUAAAAGCAUGAUGAAGGACAUCUCCAACCUGGAGGAGCAGGACGAGUCCAGGUUUAUUCUUGGUGCCAAACCGGGCGAGGCACCACCUACAGCUCCGGCAGGCCGGCCCUACCUGACCCCAGCAGGGAACAAAACCCUAGACCCCAACUCGCUGUCUCCAAACAUCUGCUACGGUACGAGCUACCAGAACCCAGCCGUCAGCCCCACCACACCGACUACUCCGAUCACACCCGCCACGCCAGAGUCUGACUCUUGACUCGUCUGACGCCCAGUCCUCGCACAGUUUACCCUCCAGCCAUAAAGUCUCCAUGGGGGUCACUGCCAAGCAUCCCCACCACUGCCCUACUGACGCC